CUGGUUUCUGCGCUCCGUGGGAACUGAACGCUUUUGUAUUCGCUUUGUUGGGAACGCGUUCAUUAUUUUAACAAAACUAUACAAAAAAAGUUUAUUUUUUAUUUUUUAUGAAUGAAUCAAUGAAUGAGCUUAAUUUCACCCUGGACUAUUAGGCGUUUGUUUCGUCUCGCGGUGUGAACAGAAGCGGAAGCGCGCGUGGCGCACAUCGAUGGAUGCUGUUCAGCGAUUGGAGAUUUAAAAAAGAGUAUUCGGGGAAAGUUUUCUAGUUGUAAUCUCGUAGUAUUGUAUGCGUGAGAAGGUAAUACAAAAGUAGUGUGAAGUCGAUACGGAUAGAACCAGACAUCAGGUACAUCUGAUCGGUGUAUGAAGGAGCGAGUAAAAAACCGACAGUGAUAAGAUCGCGUAUAGUUUUUAGCCUUGUGUGUUUUGUGGAUGGUCAUUGUGAUCGCAAGUGGGGGAUUUUCUUUCCCAAACUCUCUUUGGAUUCUGGAGUAGGAAUUUGAUCAGAAGACUUCGUUUCAGUAUUUUGACAGCUCUACCAACUAACGGCAGUUUUCGCUUGUGGUUUGCCGCCAGUGAGCAAGGGAGGAGUUGGUCUGGUGUCAAAAUGCGCCUUUCUCGAUGCUCGCGCAGAUGGAGCGAUAGCUGCCUUUCAUAAGAAACAACCCUACCGCGCGAGCCGACGGCGAAAGAUCACCUGGGGAGUUUAAUUAAAUCUUAUGUUCUGCACUUCGCAAAGGAUUGACGUUUGUGUGGUUCUGUUCCUCUGGACGUGUGUGCGCAAAUACAGAAUAAUCUGAAGAUAUGAUGAAAAAAUGAGUGAAAACUGAGAGGACAUUUUUCCACUUCAGACUCGCUUCCUUUCCCCCCUCCCUCUCGCCCUGUUUUCCAGGGGCUAAUCCCUCUUUUCCCUGCCUUUCCCCCCCGGUAUCUCUGGACUCUCGCAGAAUGGCGCGGUUUGGAGACGACGUCCCCAGUGUGGUGGGAUCAGCGGACGGGGGCUCGGAGCGCGCCGGGGACAAUGAGGGGCAGGCGGGGUCCGCCGGUGGAGUUUCGGCGUCCCUGAGUCAGACCAAAGCGCAGAGAGCGCGCACCAUGGCGCUGUACAACCCCAUCCCCGCGAAGCGCAACUGCCUCACCGUCAACAGGUCCCUCUUCAUCUUCGCCGAAGACAACAUGAUCAGGAAAUACGCCAGGAAGGUUAUAGAAUGGCCGCCCUUUGAGUACAUGAUCCUGGCCACCAUCAUCGCCAACUGUGUGGUUCUGGCCUUGGAGCAGCACCUUCCCGGAGAGGACAAGACCCCCAUGGCCAAGCGACUGGAGAAGACGGAGCCCUACUUCAUCGGGAUCUUCUGCUUCGAGGCCGGGAUUAAGCUGGUGGCGCUGGGCUUCGUGUUCCACAAGGGCUCGUACCUGCGCAACGGCUGGAACGUGAUGGACUUCAUCGUGGUGCUCAGCGGGAUCCUGGCCACAGCAGGGGCGCACAUGAACAUCCCAGUGGACCUGCGGACCCUCAGGGCAGUGCGAGUACUGAGACCCCUCAAACUGGUCUCUGGAAUCCCCAGUCUGCAGAUCGUGCUGAAGUCCAUCAUGAAGGCCAUGGUGCCCUUGCUGCAGAUCGGCCUGCUCCUGUUCUUCGCCAUCCUCAUGUUCGCCAUCAUCGGCCUGGAGUUCUACAGCGGGAAGCUCCACCACACCUGCCAGCCAACGCCCAGCAUCCUGGAGAAUGAGACGGUGGACUCCUCGCUGUGGGAGUUCCCCUGCGGGGUGAGGAGGUGUCCGUAUAAAUACGACUGCAGCGGCACCUGGCCCGGCCCCAACGACGGCAUCACGCAGUUCGACAACAUCCUGUUCGCCGUGCUCACCGUGUUCCAGUGCAUCACCAUGGAGGGCUGGACCGCGGUCCUCUACAACACCAACGACGCCUUAGGCCCCACCUGGAACUGGCUGUACUUCAUCCCCCUCAUCAUCAUCGGGUCUUUCUUUGUGCUGAACCUGGUGCUGGGAGUGCUGUCUGGGGAGUUUGCCAAAGAGAGGGAGCGUGUGGAGAACCGGCGGGCCUUCAUGAAGCUCCGGCGCCAGCAGCAGGUGGAGAGAGAACUCAACGGCUACCGGGCCUGGAUCGACCGAGCAGAGGAGGUGAUGUUGGCAGAAGAGAAUAAAAAUUCAGGGACGUCUGCUUUGGACGUGCUGAAGAGAGCCACGAGUAAGAAGACCCGUAUAGGCGGAGUCCGGCGUGGGCCUGGGGAGGACAAGGGGGCUGGAGGUGUUCCCCGGGCGCGGUUCAGUCUGACGGGGAAGCGGGGCCCAGCGGCGUACUUCAGGCGGAAGGAGCGCAUGCUGAGGAUCUCCAUCCGGCGCAUGGUGAAGACCGACUCCUUCUACUGGACCGUGCUGGGCCUGGUGGCCCUCAACACCAUCUGCGUGGCCAUCGUGCACCACGACCAGGCCCCCUGGCUCACCGUCUUCCUGUACUAUGCAGAGUUUGUGUUUCUGGGGCUGUUCCUCAUGGAGAUGUUCCUGAAGAUGUACGGCCUGGGCCUCCGGCUCUACUUUCACUCCUCCUUCAACUGCUUCGACUGCGGGGUGAUCGUGGGCAGCAUCUUUGAGGUGGUGUGGGGCUUCUUCCGCCCGGGCGUGUCCCUCGGCAUCAGCGUCCUGCGAGCCCUGCGGCUUCUGAGGAUCUUCAAAAUUACCAAGUACUGGGCAUCUCUGAGGAACCUGGUGGUGUCUCUGAUGAGCUCCAUGAAGUCCAUCAUCAGCCUGCUCUUCCUGCUCUUCCUCUUCAUCGUAGUCUUUGCUCUCCUGGGGAUGCAACUCUUCGGCGGCAGGUUCAUCUUUGAGGAUUACACGCCGACCAACUUCGACACCUUCCCCGCCUCCAUUAUGACCGUGUUUCAGAUCCUGACUGGCGAGGACUGGAACGAGGUGAUGUACAAUGGCAUCCGCUCCCAGGGCGGGGUGCAGUCCGGCAUGUGGUCAUCCAUCUACUUCAUCGUGCUCACGCUGUUUGGCAACUACACUCUGCUCAAUGUGUUCUUGGCCAUCGCCGUGGACAACCUGGCCAACGCUCAGGAGCUAACUAAGGAGGAAGAGGAAGAGGAGGCGUUUUUCAAUCAGAAACACGCCCUGCAGAAGGCCAGGGAGGUCGGGCCCAUGUCCUCCAUCAUGUCGUCAGACAGGCGGCGGAGACACUACCUGUACAGGAAGCGCGCCAUCCACCGCAGCCGCCCCGCCUUCCCCGAGGACAGCGGGGCGGAGAACCAAUCAGAGGGCCCGGACAGCCAGCCGCUGAACACGGGCGGCUACCGGCGGGAGAGGAGGAAGAGGAUGAACAUGUCGGUGUGGGAGCAGCGCACCAACCAGCUGAGGAAGAGGAGGCAGAUGGCCAGCCGGGAGGUGCUGUUCAGCUGCCCGGGGGAGGAGGCGGACGCCCCCUCCAGGCCCACGCUGUCCCCGGCCGAGAGCCCGGCGCGGCUGCCUGAGUCUCCGGCGUCCGUGGGCAUGCCCCUGCCCGAGCCCCCCAUGUGCGCCGCCCUGGCGCUGCCCGAGCCCCCGGAGUCCCAGCCGCUGUCCCCCGAGGACCGGCACCCCCGCGGCGCCAACGGGAACCGCCGGCAGCGCGUGGCCCGCAGGUACCGCCCGCCGCCGCCCGACGACUGCCCCCGCCCCCGCCGGCACCGGCACCGGCCCGCCCGCGACGCCCCCCCCAGCCCGGAGCACGCCCCCGCCCCCCCGGAGGAGCGCCAGGAGACGCAGGCCGAGGAGGAGGAGCAGGGCGCCCCGGCGGCCGGAGGACAGGACCAGGCCAGGGCGGAGGAAGUGGCCACUGAGCUGGGUGAGUUCUGUGAGGCCACAGAGGCCACGCCCAUGCUGAGUGCCCCCCACGCCGGGGCUGGGGAGGGGCCGGCCCCUGGGGGCCCGGAGGAGGAUGCUGACCAGGCUGAGGCCAACCCCGCCUGCCUGAACCGCCAAGCCACGCCCUUAGACUCCAGCGUGGUGAUCGAGGUGACGGGUGUGCAGUCCCUGCUGGAGCUCACCCCCAUGGCAGAGAACAGUAAGGACACUGAACCCUCCAAGUCUGAGAAGGAGGAUGAGGAGGAGGAGGAGGAGGAAGAGGAGACUCGCACUGUUCCAAAAGCUGUGCCACCGGACAGCAUGUUCCUGUUUACCGCCACCAACCCGAUCAGGAGGGUUUGUCACUAUGUAGUGACUCUGCGGUACUUUGAGAUGACCAUCCUCCUGGUGAUCGUGGCCAGCAGCAUCGCCCUGGCUGCUGAGGACCCUGUGUGCACCAACUCCGACCGCAACAAAGUUCUCCGUUACUUUGACUACGUGUUCACCGGAGUCUUCACCUUCGAAAUGAUCAUUAAGAUGAUCGACCAGGGCCUGAUUCUGCACGACGGCUCAUACUUCCGGGACCUGUGGAACAUUCUGGACUUCAUCGUGGUGGUGGGAGCUCUGAUCGCCUUCGCGCUCACGAACAAUAAGGGGCGGGACAUCAAGACCAUCAAGUCCCUGAGGGUGCUCCGAGUCCUGCGGCCACUCAAGACCAUAAAGAGGCUCCCCAAACUCAAGGCUGUGUUUGACUGUGUGGUCACCUCCCUGAAGAACGUCUUCAACAUCCUGAUCGUGUAUAAGCUCUUCAUGUUCAUCUUCGCCGUCAUCGCCGUGCAGCUGUUCAAGGGGAAGUUCUUCUACUGCACGGACAGCUCCAAGGACACGCAGAAGGAGUGCCAGGGGUACUACAUUGAUUAUGAGAAAGACAAGAAGGAGGUGAAGAAGAGAGAGUGGAAGAGGCACGAGUUUCACUAUGACAACGUGGUCUGGGCUCUCCUCACGCUGUUCACUGUGUCCACCGGAGAGGGCUGGCCGCAGGUACUACAGCACUCUGUCGAUGUGACAGAGGAGGACAGAGGCCCAAGUAGAGGGAACCGGAUGGAGAUGUCCAUCUUCUACGUGGUGUACUUUGUGGUCUUCCCCUUCUUCUUCGUCAACAUCUUUGUGGCCCUCAUCAUCAUCACCUUCCAGGAGCAGGGAGACAAGAUGAUGGAGGAGUGCAGCCUGGAGAAGAACGAGAGGGCCUGCAUAGACUUCGCCAUCAGUGCCAAACCCCUGACCCGCUACAUGCCCCAGAACCGCCAGACCUUCCAGUACCGCCUCUGGCAUUUCGUGGUGUCGCCCUCAUUUGAGUACACCGUGCUGACCAUGAUCGCCCUCAACACCGUGGUGCUGAUGAUGAAGUAUCACUCAGCUCCAGCAGCCUACGACACGGUCCUCAAACACCUGAACACGGCCUUCACCGUGCUUUUCUCCCUCGAGUGCAUCCUCAAGAUCUUCGCCUUCGGCUUUCUGAACUAUUUUCGGGACACAUGGAACAUAUUUGACUUCAUCACAGUUCUGGGGAGCAUCACUGAGAUUGUGGUGGACCUGCAGUCGGUGAACACCAUUAAUAUGAGUUUCCUGAAGCUGUUCCGAGCGGCUCGGCUCAUUAAACUCUUGAGGCAGGGCUACACCAUCCGCAUCCUGCUCUGGACCUUUGUGCAGUCCUUCAAGGCCCUUCCGUACGUGUGCCUGCUCAUCGCCAUGCUGUUCUUCAUAUACGCCAUCAUCGGGAUGCAGGUUUUCGGAAACAUCAAACUGAACGACGAAAGCCACAUCAACCAGCACAACAACUUCAAGACCUUCUUCGGUGCCCUAAUGCUGCUGUUCAGGAGUGCCACAGGGGAGUCCUGGCAGGAGAUCAUGCUGUCCUGUUUGGGGGGGCAGGAGUGCGAACCUGACCCCUCCAUCGUUCCCCCCUUCAUGUCCCCUGACCACGAGGGGGGGUGUGGCACAGAAUUCGCCUAUUUCUACUUUGUGUCCUUCAUCUUCUUCAGCUCCUUCCUGAUGCUGAACCUCUUCGUCGCCGUGAUCAUGGAUAACUUCGAGUACCUGACGCGAGACUCCUCCAUCCUGGGCCCUCACCACCUGGACGAGUUUGUGCGCAUCUGGGGGGAGUACGACCGAGCGGCGUGCGGGCGGAUCCACUACACCGCCAUGUACGAGAUGCUGACGCACAUGUCCCCCCCCCUCGGCCUCGGGAAGAAAUGUCCCGCCAAAAUCGCCUAUAAGCGGUUGGUCCUGAUGAACAUGCCGGUGGAUGAGGACAUGUCCGUGCACUUCACCUCCACGCUGAUGUCUCUGAUCCGCACCGCCUUGGAAAUCAAGAUCGCCCGAGGUGGGGAAGACCGGGAGCAGUUGGAUGCUGAGCUGCAGAAAGAGAUCAGCAUAAUCUGGCCCCACCUGUCCCAGAAAACCCUGGACCUGCUGGUGCCUCUGAACACAGACAGCACCAUGACGGUGGGUAAGAUCUAUGCCUCCAUGAUGAUUAUGGACUACUACAAACAGAGCAAAGCCAAGAAGCUCAGGCAGAAACUGGAGGAGCAGCGUAUGGACCCGUCGGCCCUGCCCCAGGAGGUCCUGUCCAGUGCCUCCACCAUGCCCUUCCUGUCCCACAGCGCCGGGUCCGCUCUGACCAGAGGGGGCUUUGUGGCUCUGAGCCCCAUCUCUCCUCAGGAGCUGUUCCUGCAGGCGGGGCCAGCAGACAUGGAGGACAGUGAGGACUACCGCCCCCAGCCCCGCCCGCUGCACCCUCUCUCCCGGGCGGUGACUGAGGGCUCCUUCUCCAGUGGGGGGGGGCAGCGGGUGAACGGGCUCUGGAGGGACGAGCCCCCCCCCAGCCCAGAACGCCCCCACAAACCCCGCCCCCGCAGCUACAAGGGCGCAGGCUCGCGGCAUCAGGGGGACCGGGAGAGAGGCCGGUCCAGAGAGCGGCGCCACCUGCUGUCCCCCGACCCGUCUGAGGAGCGCAGCCAGCCACACACCCCACACACAGAGGGCAACAGCUCGGACAGCCCUGUGCCAUCCACCUCCGAGUCCAGCUCCCCCAGCGCCCGCCCCCGCCCCCACAUCUCCUACUCCCCCCUGCUGUGCCACACCCUCACCUCCCCCCCGCCCGGCGACACCCAGGACCCCGGCCAAUGGGAGGAGGGGGAGGCGGGUCCGGAGGCGGGGCCGGGGGCGGGGGGCGGGCCCCAGCGCUACCCCUCUGAGCCCUACCUGGCCCUGCAGGACCCGGAAGAUUCCGCCGGCCAGCAGGAGACGCUGACCUUCGAGGCCGCCGUGGCAACCAGCCUGGGACGCUCCAACACCAUUAGCUCCGCCCACCAGCUGCGGCACACCUGGCAGGUCCCCAACGGACACUUCCGGAAACGCCUGGCCCAGUCCGCCUCUGUCAGCGGGGCCCAGCUCUACAGCGACACAGAGGAGGACGACCGCUGCUAAGGGCAACAGAGGGAGAGAGAGAGGGAGAGGGAGAGGGAGAGGG